GGAAACUAAAGUUGAGUACUGUUUUUAAUGAGUUUUUCCUUAAAGCAUUGAUGAUGUUAAGUGUUUCCUCAGUUUAAUACAAACACGCUUCUGGUAAUUUGGAAGAAAUCUUGGAUAAUAAAAAGAAAACAUUUCACGGGAUGGCUAGCGCUAACAAAAAAGUUGUUUUGGCUUACAGUGGUGGUUUAGAUACAUCUUGCAUUCUUGUAUGGCUAAUUGAUCAGGGAUAUGAUGUUAUUGCUUACUUGGCAGACGUUGGACAGGAAGAAGAUUUUGAAGCAGCUAAACAAAAAGCUUUAAAAUUAGGGGCAAAAAAGAUUUUUGUUGAAGAUGUAAAAGAGCAGUUUGUAUCCGAGUUUAUUUGGCCAACUGUGCAAGCUAAUUCAAUCUAUGAAGAUCGCUAUAUGUUGGGCACAGCUGUUGCUAGACCGUGUAUUGCAAGAAGACAAGUUGAAAUUGCUUUGCAGGAAGGAGCAACUUAUGUAUCACAUGGAGCAACAGGAAAGGGAAAUGAUCAGAUAAGAUUUGAAUUGGCGUAUUAUGCGCUUUAUCCUGCAGUAGAGGUGAUUUCACCAUGGAAAAUGCCAGAAUUUUACGAAAAGUAUCAAGGAAGAACUGCCCUGUUUGAAUAUGCUAAGUUAAAAAAUAUACCGCUUCCUGUUACGCCAAAGAGUCCAUGGAGUAUGGAUGCUAACUUAAUGCACAUCAGUUUUGAAUCAGGUGUCCUGGAAGAUCCCAGUGUUCCUGCGCCAGCCGAUAUCUACCAAAUGACUACAAACCCUGCGAAUUCACCAAACGAGCCAGACCACCUGGAUAUUGAAUUCAAACGAGGUGUACCAAUAGGUGUAAAAAAUGUUGCCGAUGGGACAUCACUAACUAAACCGCUUGACAUUUUUUUAUAUCUCAAUAAAAUCGGUGGAAAGCAUGGUGUUGGAAGAAUUGACAUUGUCGAAAACCGACAAAUCGGUAUGAAAUCACGAGGUAUCUACGAAACACCAGGAGCGGAGAUUUUACGUCAUGCACAUCUCGAUAUAGAAGGCCUAACAAUGGAUAAGGAACUGCGAAAAAUGAAAUCAUACCUUGCAGAGCGAUUUAGUGAAAUGAUAUACAAUGGUUUGUGGUUCAGUCCAGAAUGCGAUUUUGUCAGAAAAUGCAUUGAUACAAGCCAGGAAUUCGUUGAAGGAACGGUGACCGUAGCCACAUUUAAAGGACACGUUUACGUCAUCAAAAGAAGUUCCAACAAGUCACUCUACAACCAAGAGCUUGUUAGUAUGGAUGUGAAGGGUUGUUACGACCCAAGAGAUUCCGCUGGCUUCAUAAAAGUAUCAUCGUUAAGAUUACGAGAACACGCUAAACUGCAAAAAGCACAUAAGAAAGAAUAAUCAGCAAAGAAUUAAUAUAAAGUUCCUGUAUAACUAGAUGACGAUGGGAUCAACUCACAUUCAGUUUUCAUUUUCUGUAUUUUUGAUAUUUUGAACGCUAUUUUUUAACAAACAAUUAGUUAGGAUCGGUAUGACAAAGUCUGCAAGAUUUCUGAGUACCUUCAGUUUAAAUCGUUUAAAUCUCUUUGAAUCGAGUUAAAAUGAUUUGUAACUUAUUGAAUCAUUGGUAAGAACAACAAUUAUUUUCUAAAGAAUACAUUACUAGGUUUACAAU